AUGUACCGCACGCGUUCUUAUUCCAUUUACACGAAGCGCAGAAACUUGGUGAGCUGUGGGAAGUCCUCCAGCGAAGUGACUAAAAAUUUAAGAGGCACCGCAAAGCCUAAACAGAUUCCCAGCCACCUGAGAGGAGUAUCGAAACGUGAGAGAUUCGGCUUCCGUCGUUUCAAAUUGAAACGAGGGCCGCGGUGGGUGCUCCAAACGAAGUGUGAAGUUGAAUUGUGGCCACUCGCGUCUGCCGCAGAGAGCGCUUUGCCGGCGCUGACCGAUAGGAAAAAGGAAAGAGGAAGCGUCCAAUGCGCGUGGAAUGAAAUUAGCCCGUCGGUCAAUUACUCCGGGCCGAGAGUGGCUUAC